UGAUCAUGAAGUCGCUGGUUGUAUUUGUGGCUGUCUGUAUAGGAUGUUCUCUAUCCUUCUUGUGUGAUGAACAUACACCAAGUGAAGGAAAUGAAUGUCGAGAGACAUGUGAUGGUUUUGGUAUGGAAAAUAUAAAUUAUGGCUUCGUAGGAUGUCUGGGAUCGAAUUUGAAAUGUUGUAGUCCAUAUCCAUUGACGACAACAGAAGAACCUACAACAUCGCCAACUCCUGAACCAAUACCACCACAACAACAAUGUGGUCUUAAAAAAUCAAUGCCUUCCAUGUCGAGAAUACUUGGUGGUCAAGUAUCAAACAGGUGUGAAUGGCCAUGGUUGGUGUCCAUAAGAGGUCGCAUUCGGGAAACCAGUAAGCUGACCCGUCGAAAUGACCAAACUAAACACGUUUGUAAUGGAGUUUUGGUUGAUGAAGAAUUCGUUUUAACAACUGCCUAUUGUGUUGGUUUAGCUCAUGUAUUAACAUCUUCUUCCCAACCAGAUGUCAAAGAGAAUAUACUAGUAGUUGCAAAUGAAUACGACAUAAGUCAAACAGAGUAUGAUGAUGAACAGUAUCCCUUGGAAUCAGUUUUUCGUAUUUCUGAUGUUAAACUGCACCCCAAGUUUACUCAAUUUGAGUUAGGAAACCUCGGUCAUACAUUUUUCUCACAAGACAAGAAUACGUUGAAAGAUAAUAACCUGGCUUUAUUGAAAUUAAAUAGACCAGUAGAACUAUCAGACUGUGUUAGAGCUGUUUGUUUACCUGAUUUGAACGAGAAACCAAUCAACAAAAAAGAUAAAUGUAAAAUAGCUAGUUGGGGAAAUACUGAGGAAUCUUUACAAACAGAAUUGCCUGGAGAGUUGAAGGAAGCUGAUGUUAAAGUAUAUUCUAAGGAGUUUUGGACAGAGGUGGAAGACAUAUAUAGAACACGAGGAAUUAUAGAUACAGCAGGCCCAUUAACAACAUAUGGGAAAUUUGAGAAUGAUUCUGAUAGAGCAUGUUCAAGUGACAGUGGAGGUAUGGUUGUAUGUUUGAAUAAAGAUAGAUGGGUAUUGGAAGGACUUAUUAAUAUACCAAGAUAUAUUGCCGGUCCCGAUUCAAGUGCUUGUGAAAAGAGUUCCGUGUUUGCAAUAGUUGAUGCUAAGGAAGCUUAUCAAUGGAUUUCACAAGAGAUUGAUUCGGCUUAAUACGAUAUAUUAAACAUGUAAUAGUAUCAAUAAAUAACUUUAUGCAACUCAUAAA